AAUCAGCGUCCUGGGGGUUGUGCGUCGCAGCCAAUCGGGUCUGAGGCUUGUGAUCCGGACUGCUCUGGGUGGCGGCGAGGUUCUUUUCGGGGCGACCGGGUAGCGGUGGAAGAGUGAACGGAGCAGAGACUUCUCCGGGAGGUUUAUCUAGUAUCGAGACCAGUGUGUGACCAUGGCGGAACCCGAACUGUUACUUGACUCCAACAUUCGUUUGUGGGUUGUCCUGCCCAUCGUCAUCAUCACUUUCUUUGUUGGCAUGAUCCGUCAUUAUGUGUCUAUCCUGCUACAGAGCGACAAGAAGCUGACUCAGGAGCAGGUGUCUGACAGCCAGGUGCUGAUUCGAAGCAGGAUUCUCAGAGAAAAUGGCAAAUACAUUUCCAAACAGUCUUUUCUGAUGAGGAAGUUCUAUUUCAAUAAUGCAGAAGAUGGAUUUUUUAAAAAGACAAAGAGGAAAGUCGUCCCGCCAUCCCCUAUGACAGAUCCCACAAUGCUGACAGACAUGAUGAAAGGAAAUGUAACCAAUGUUUUACCCAUGAUCCUUAUUGGUGGUUGGAUCAAUAUGACCUUCUCUGGUUUUGUGACAACUAAAGUUCCUUUCCCCCUAACCCUGCGCUUCAAGCCCAUGUUACAGCAGGGGAUUGAGCUACUUUCCCUGGAUGCCUCAUGGGUUAGCUCUGCCUCCUGGUACUUUCUCAAUGUGUUUGGUUUGAGGAGCAUCUAUUCUUUGAUACUGGGACAGGACAAUGCUGCAGACCAGUCACGCGUCAUGCAGGAGCAGAUGACCGGCGCGGCAAUGGCUAUGCCCGCUGACACCAACAAAGCUUUUAAGACAGAAUGGGAAGCCCUGGAGCUCACUGACCACCAGUGGGCACUAGAUGACCUGGAAGAAGAACUGAUGGGGACAGACCUGAACUUUGAGGGGAUGUUCAAAAGAGAGCUACAGACUUCUAUGUUCUGAGCGAGUUGACAUUGAUUGGUUUUCCUGUCAGCAUUGACUCCAGAACUCCCAGCAGGAGAGGAUGGUGGUUGUAGGCUCUGUGUCUUCAUUAUUUCCAUUUUCUCAGUGCACUGCCUUGCAUAUUACACACAGACCUCACCUAACGUUGCCCUUUGACCCAGACACCUUUGUUCGUAGUCCUCCCAGCUGCUGGCCUGGUUAGCUGCCCUGCUCUGUCUUGUAUGCUGGCCUUGGCUCAUGUCAUUACUGUUUACACGGUGGAGAGGGGGUGGUAGACCCCAGGGCACAUUAACCCUUUACUCAAUGUGUAUCCCUGCUCCUUAGUGUAGUGUUACCCAUUUGGAUAAAUCACAUGGAGCAGAAUACUGCUUAUACUUAUACCAUCAUGCUGGCUAGUAAUUAGGUUAUUGGCCCCUGCCAUUAGUAAGUCAUAUGACCAGGGUGGCAGCACAGGCUCACAGCCUUGAGGACUAUUCCUGGCUGCCACUUUUUUUUUUUUUUUUUUAAGGUUUUUGUUAAAUUAUUUAUCUCUUUAACCUUAUUAAAUGUUUUAUAACUAUCUUCUGUCUGCAGUUUUUUUUGCUGUAUCAUGUGAUUUUCAUAACCAGAGAAUGUUCUGCUGCCAUGAGCUUUAUGACAUGGCAGGAAGAGUUUAGGUGUCAGCGGUAGAUGAAUGACAUGUCGCUGCCACAGCCAGUGAUUAUCUCCUGCGGUCACGGCAGGAUGACAAUUGCGCACAGUCACCUGAUGUUAUUUUGGAUGAGUCUAGAAAGAGGGGGACAAUGGCAAGUGGGAAAUAAGAAGGGGCUAAAAGAUACAAUGUUCCACACGGUAUGACAAGGCUUUAAAGGAGAGAUCUCAUGGAAUAAAACUCAUCCCCUAUCUGCAGGAUAGGGAAUAAGUUUUAGAUCGCGGUUGGUCCGAGCGCUGAGGCCACCCGCUAUCUCGUGUAUGGAGCCCGGCUCUCCCCUGGAGCGGCGUGUCACAACCCCUGCUCAUUUGGCUCCCCUAUAGAGCUAUAUGGAGGGGCGUGGUGGCCCCCCCACUUCAGGGUCAUGACGUGCCGCUUCAGGGGAGAGCCGGGGCUCCAUACAGGAGACCGCGAGGGGCACCAGCGCUCAAACCCCCGCAAUCUAAAUCUUAUCCCCUAUCUGCAGGUUUAGUCCAUUAGACGUCUCCUUUAGGGUACGUUCACACGUACGGGAUCCUGUGCAGAUUUGAUGUGCAGGAUUUGUAACUGCAGAUUAGAAGCUGUGCUCAGUCAUUUAGUUUACAUUGAAAUCUGCAGCAGAAAAUCCUGCGCAUCAAAUCUGCGUAUGUGUGAACAUACCCUAAAGAAGGAUUUCUCAGAAUCAAAACAUGUAAUCACUUGUUGUAACCUGGCUUUUCAACAAUACUACAUAACCACCCCUCAGAAGGGCUCUCAUGGUUAUACAAUAUCCCAUGGGAUACAGUGUAUAUGAUUAGUAAUGUAAGAAGCUCUCAAAGAUUACUUUACUGUACUACAAGUUAGACAUCUCCUAGGAGAGGUGCAGUGCUCUAAUUGAGUCCUUGCCCCUAACUUAUCCCUGGUCUUUAGGGAGUGUCAAGCAAAUCCUCUCAGCUGUGCUAAGCCUUCACAAAGACAGGAAGUUAAGGAGCAUCCAUUACUAGGGGUCCCUUUCACACAGCAGAAUCUCCGCCCAGGAAAAUUCCAAGUGGACACUGGGGGAGAUUUAUCAAAACCUGUGGAAAGGAAAAGUUGCCUAUAGCAACCAAUCAAAUUGCUUCUUUCAUUUUGCAGAGGCCUUGUCAAAAAUAUAAGAAGGGAUCUGAUUGGUUGCUAUGGGCAACUAGGCAACUUUUCCUCAGCACAAGUUUUGAUAAAUCUCCCCCUCUGUGUAGCAGGCUCCGGCAGAACAAGCCAACACUAGGGCCAUUUAUAUAUGCACCAUCUCUAUAGACGCCAAUGCAUUUCAAAGUGAAUUCAGAUUUUUUUUUUAAAUGGGCACAGGGGAAGGUAAAAAAAUUUUGCCACACUUCUUUGUACUUCCUGGGAAGGUUAAUACUUGGACAUUGCGGGCCAGGCUGCAAAAACAAAAAACACAAACUUUAGCUCACCUUCCUACAUUCCCCCAUUACGCCGGUAUCGGUGUCUCGUUCCUCCAGUGCUGCUUGGGUCCCUGCUUCAUACGCUCGAAACAUCACCCUGCGGUCAGUGUAUCGCUGGCCGCAGCGAUGUCUGAGCGCACUAUCAUGAAAUAGGCUGAGCGCACUGUCAUGAAAGGAGCCGGCCCAAGUCAAAUGGGUAGCGCUACACUAGGGAGCAGGGAUACACAUUGGAUAAAGGGUUAAUGUGCCAGGCCCGAGCUCCUCACAUGACAGUGCCCUCUGCCUAUCACUGGCCGAGGCGGGACAUCCCUGCGGCUAGCAAUAUGCUGACCGCAGUGUGACAACGGAGGAAUGUAGGAAGGUGAGCUAAAGUUUUGUUUUUGCAACCUGGGCACAGGGAAGGUAAAAGUUUUCUACCGCAUUUCUCCUUUUAAUGUCCAAGUAUUAACCUUCGCAGGAAGUACAGACACCCCACCGUUUGGUACAGCCGUAGUAGUUCGUUUUUCUGUAAUGUCUUGUGUACUUGUGUCAGGGUCACGUGUGCAGAGAAGACCAGAGGGACAGAACACAUGGACCUACAAACGUGAAAAAAUACGAAAAAAGGGUUUUAAAGUGUGUGGACUGUCUUGGGGUGUGAAUUUCCCAAAUUUUUGUAACCUGAAUGGGAGGUGAGAGCUAAAUUGAGUGAGGGGGGGAAAUAGAUUAACCCCAUGUAGUUGCAUCCUGGCCACGUGCUAGAGAAGUGUGUACAUGACACACUUUUAAUGCAAAUUCAUCAACUUAGAUCUAAAGUCCCUGUCCCUGAUAUUCCCAUCAUUCUUGUAGUUUCCGUUGAUGCACAGUUGCCAGUGAGUUACCUCUGGUGGUACACACACGUGAAUUUAAUGCAAGCACAGUAAACCAAUGCUGACCAAAGAUAGGAUAGUCAUAAAAGUAACUCAAUAUUUGUCAUGUGCAUGAACCUUACCCAGAUAUGUGCAGACACCCAUGCAAGUUUCAUUCCUGCGCUUCGUCAGAGGGCGCCCCCUGGAUCUCAAAUGUCAUGUGACUAAAUGCAAAGGCUCAGUAGCACAUUAUCUUAUCCACGAGAAUAAUGUGAAUGUUCAUUCUUCUCAUGGAUUCCUCUAUGAAAAGCUGCCUUUCAUGCAAAUUUGUCAACUUAGAUCUUAAAUCCCUGAUAUUCCCAUCAUUCUUUGCUGUUUCUGCUGAUGCACAGUCGCCAGUCAGUUACCUCUGAUGGUAUACACACACACACACGUGAAUUGUUAGCACACAGACAUGUCAUCUCCUGAGCACACACUGUGCUCUGCCCGUUCUUUGUGUCCCCCUUGCCAUUAUGCAGUUUCUCUUCUCCCUCCCCUGCACGUCACAUGUAUACUCCACUGCAGUUGCUUCCACUCAUUAAGUGACUUUAACAUCAACCCCACAAAGUAGCCGGAGGCUAGUGCAGACUGAGCUCACCUCUAUAAUCUGUUUAGGUAGGAAAUAGAAUGACAGAACAGGGAAUUUCAGGCAAACACUCUGCUAAAUAGUGAAAGUGAGUGUGGUUUUGCAUUCCCAUCCUCCUUCGAGAGUAUAGUAAUGCUACGUGUAUACUGUGGUAUGGUAAGUAGACAUGUAGCCAGGCCCAUAUUUGUCAAAAUUAGGCCUGGUUUACACUAUGGAAUUUCCGCUCUUAAGUUGUUCUGAACGGAAUUCCGUUUGCACUCUUCGAAAUUGGCGCCGCCAGGAAUCUACACUUAUUUCACUUGGAAUUUA